UGCGUAAACUUGAACCCCGGUGCAUGAGCUUAUAUGACUCAGUUUAAACGGUCAAAUAAACCACCAGUUUCACAGUAGACACUUCAAACAUCGCCUGACAUUGGGAUCUUGACUCAUUUGAGAUCCUGGGUCCCGUCUAGCCAACCCCUCCAGCAGGACGGCAGGGUGCACUUCAUUAUCGGAAUUGACGCCUCCGACCGCAUGGAGACCAAGUUGUGCGUCUUGCGCGCAGCUCGAUGUCAUGGAGCGGAACCUGGAAUAAUUCAGAGCAGCAGAGACUACCUCUACCUCUGUCGUACUCGGGAUGUAAAACAAACCUAAGUCAGGCUGUCUCAGUCGGUGCCCACAAACUCUCGCAGGGAACUCCCUCGCUGUGUUGUUUCUCUGCUGAGUGCACUCUGGCAGCAGCAUCCGUGAACAUGGCUCUGCCUUCCCAUAAAGCUCUCUACAUCGGGAUGGAGGUGGUGAUCGCCUUGUUGUCUGUCAUCGGUAACGUGAUGGUGGUCUGGGCUGUGCGUAUUAACCGGUCUCUGAGAGACACCACGUUCUGUUUCAUCGUUUCCCUGGCCUUGGCUGACAUUGCGGUCGGGGCUCUUGUCAUCCCCCUCGCCAUAACCAUCAGCAUCGGACUCCAGACGCACUUCUACAGUUGCCUGCUGGUCGCCUGCACAGUGCUCGUCCUCACUCAAAGUUCAAUACUGGCGCUCCUGGCCAUCGCCAUCGACCGGUAUCUGAGAGUCAAAAUACCCAUGAGUUACAAGCGGGUGGUGACUCCUCGUCGAGCUGGCAUGGCCGUGUUACUGUGUUGGCUGGUGUCCAUCAUAGUGGGCCUCACGCCCAUGUUGGGUUGGAAUAACCUGCAGUUUCUCCGUGACAAUGGCUCCCUGCUCACUGAUGACCUCCUGGUGACCUGUGAGUUUGAGACGGUCAUCAGCAUGGACUACAUGGUCUACUUCAACUUCUUUGGCUGGGUGCUGCCGCCUUUGCUCCUCAUGCUCGCUAUCUACAUCGAGAUUUUUUACAUGAUCCACAAGCAUCUCAACAAGAAGGUGACAGCGAGCCACACAGACCCUAGCCGCUACUUCGGGAAGGAGCUGAAGCUAGCCAAGUCGCUCGCACUCGUUCUGUUCCUCUUUGCAGUCAGCUGGCUCCCUCUUCACAUCCUCAACUGCAUCACCCUCUUUUGCCCUGCCUGUGAUAAGCCCAUUUCCUUCAUUUACAUCGCCAUCAUCCUAACCCAUGGCAACUCUGCGGUCAACCCAAUCGUGUACGCUUUCCGCAUCAAGAAAUUCCGCACAGCGUUCAGGAAAAUCUGGACACAGUACAUGCUUUGUCAGGAUCCAGUGGGUCGGCUUCCUCAAAGAGGGAGCCAGAGAGGACGUGAGAGGAGGCUGAGGCAGAAUGACGAUGAUGAUGAUGAUGAUGUGUGAAUCUUGGAAACUAAUUGGAUUGCUGUGCCACUGUUAGGUUUCACACCACUGGUUCACACAUGGAAAAUACUUUACUUUCAUGCUCGAGGGACUACUGGUCAAAAUGGCCUGAAUGGUAUCACAGGAUGUCAGAGGGAUGAAAGAGUUGAGGAAACUCCAUCAUGGACUGACUGAUUACCUCCAUCCAACAAACUCUGAGAGGGCAGGACGUCAAAUCACCGUGGAUACAACAUAAACAUCCUAUAUCCUAUAUAAGGCUGAUUGUUUAUUUCUCCACUGGCUGAAUAUUGAAUGAGAUAAGGGGCUUCAACACCAACCUGUUGAACUUUAAUCAGUAAGUCUAUAUCUGUAGCAGAUGCGGUACAAAAGUAGUGUAUACUUUAUUGUAUUUUUGACCUUAAUUAAAACUCAUGGCCUUUUAAAUGUGAAUCAUUUCAAAUAGUUAAGCAUUGUAUUGUGUGAUAUAUUCAGUCAUUUAGAUAUGUGGCCUUAAGGACAGAAAAUGUAAUACAGAGGAACUAAGGUAUUCAGGAAUCUGGUAAACCACUGGUGGGCAAGUAGGAGGUUUGCACAACUAGCGUCUUGGUUUGGGAUGGACCAUGGGCACAAGAUUUACUGUAUGCUGGCUGCAAAGAUGACCAAAAAUAUAAAUUUGACCUACUUGGAAUUACAACCCAGGAACUUCUGCCUGAUGAAGUUGGUUUGGUUUGGCCACGCUAUUAUUGGUUGCAAAAUAACUAAUUAUCCUCAUGACCCUUACAGAAGUUUGGUGUAAACCAGCCCAUGUGAAGUAUACCCUUUUUUUUUUUACGUACUAGGGACAUUUGAUUGAAACAAUUAGCUGACUAAUACCAGCUAAUAGCGGUAGUUUAAAAAAGCAUCCAUGCCAGAAGAAAACUUAUAACGAAUAAUAUUCGAAAUGGACGAUGGUGAAAAAGAGUGGUCCCACAUAUUAGUAGCUAAAUAACUGCAGGACGGUGAAUCUAAGGAUUGUUGGAGCUCCUCCAUCCACUAAGCUUAAUUUUAUGUUGGUGAUAUUCAUUUAAACCCUAAAAUGUUCCUCUACUGUACAUGUAUCACUGCAAGCAGGUUUUAAUUUUUUUUUUUUACCUUUCUCCACAAUUGUUUGUGACCAAGUUGGAAUGCCAAUAUAGCAUCAUAAGCUGACCAGUGUUACCCUUUAAUAUGAAUGACAUUUGACUUGAAGACACAUGUUGAGACAGAACUGCUGUUACACAAUAAGUACUGUAUGUAACUAAUACAUAUAUAAAUGUUAAUAGGAUAUACUGUAUAUAAUUAUAUCACUUAACAGCUUAAUUUACAGUUUAUCUCUGACACGUCAUUUUACAGCUGUUGAAGGAGAAGGCAUAAAAAACCCAAGCACAUCAUUAAACUUUUAGACAAACGGAGACAGGAGAGUAAUCAAGAAACGUAACAGCAUAUGGUGAGCCCUGAUUUAAAUUCAUAAUGAGGUACGUGCAUUACUGUACUAGGUGGAAGGAUUAAAAUCCACUUCUUUACAGAAAUAGCAUCCAACUUUCUCUCUGUGCUCGUUUGUAUCAAGGCUAUAACCAUCAGUGGUGGGAGGCCAUUUUUUGUUUGUGAACAUUGAUCUUCUGUCACUCGGCAGAUACAGCUGCACAUGUGUGAAUCAGUGAGAAGGUUAUGAGGGUGAGCGGGUAAGGUGGGACAGGGUGAAAGGAUCACUGUUUACAAGGGAACCAGAAGGCAAGAGUUUACGUCUCUGCGGAGGUCAACAACUAGGUCAAUGUGAUGCUUUCCAAUCAGAUAAACAGGCCUGUUAACAUGAACCUGUUAAGACCUGUCGUUCUGAGCUGUCACUGUGUGUAACAACAUAUACCGUACACACACACACACACACACACACACACACACACACACACACACACACACACACACACACACACACACACAUUGUUUUUGACAAGUAUACUCACUGUAUUACUAAUGCUGCUCUUGUAAACUUGAUUAUUUUCUGUAUGUAUUAUGCUUUUAAGGCCAUGUGUGAACGUUGAUAUUAUACAAGAUAUGUACAAGAUAAGAUAUUAAAGCAUUUUUCAAACGAUUUGUCCUUUAACAAAA